UUUCAAAGCUGAAAUAGUAGUUUAUUCUUCAAUUUUUCGCCCUUUCGAAAUGUGUGUUUGAGGGCACAUACAUACUUUUAAUUUUCUGAAAGAAUAAUGUAGACCUUUACUGUGUUAUACUCAAAUGGAAAAAGGGAUAAAGUCAGCGACACACAGACACAAACUAUUCUGAGAUCGAGCCAUGACAACUUGUGUGUUGAUUGGUAGAAAUGAAAGAAUAAUUCCAUCAACCUGGUUGUACAAAAUACCUGAAAUUACAGAUUCUGGCAUCGGCAGUAUGGAUCAAAAGGAUGGAAUAAGUUACGAUACCAAACAUGGAAUUACAGAGGAGACGUAUGCACCGAGCACCACCUCUAUAACCCAUAUAAAUGAACCAACAGCAGAACUUGAGUGUGGUACAUCGGAUAAACACCAUAUGACAGAAAAGGGAUGCAUAGGGGACACUUGUGAUGAUAGUGAAAGUGACGAAGUAUUUGAACCAGGCACUAUUGCAAGAGUUCAAGGGGACUUCGCAUCAAAUGAAAUGCAGCUGAACACUCACGAUGGCCCGUCUGCAUGUACGUUCCUAAAGGAGAGAUCCACAAGCAUCGAAGAGACAUAUCCGAGCCUCGAGGAGACAUUUACAAGCAUUGAAGAGACAGAUACUAGCCUCAAGGAGACAUAUGCAAGCCUAGGAGAGACAGCAUCGGAUUGUUCAGAACAAACUACUCCUGAAAUAAGAAUGAAAGAAUUGAAAGAAUUUUCGUACAGAAACCACGAAAACGAUAGUUCCAGUUCACAUGAAGGAGAUGCCAGUUGUGAAGUGCAUGCAGAUCGAGUGACAACAGAGAAACGUGUACGUCUUAUGAAAUCAUACGCUUGGAUAAAAGAAGAAAUGGAACAAUCUACAGCAAAAUAUAUCGCCUCCCAUUUAUACCAGCAUCAACCUAUGCUGUUAUCAAUGAAUGAUCUUGAAUGUAUACAAGAGGCGCCUACGAGGAGAAACUCUGUUGAGGCGUUGUUAAAACGAGUGCUUAUGGGUCCAAAUGACAUUUAUGAUGUUUUUAUCAAUGUUCUAAGACAAGGGGAAAGCAAACACAUUGCGGAAGAGUUGGAUACAGUAGAGGUCACUGACGUGGAUAUUGAAGUGUUUUCUAUGUUGGAAUUGUCAGCUCAACACAAGAAACCGAGACCAUAUUGUAAAGAACCUCGUCUUACAUUCACAAAACCAAACCAAAGUACUCUGAAAUACUGGUUAAAUGACAAAGCAGUUGUAGAUUCUAUAAACGACCAGUUUUUGUCUCGAAUGAUAUUUCGCAUUGAUGAGCAUACCAACAUUGCCGAUAAAACAAUGGAUACAAAGAGAAAAGUUUGCAAACUUAUACAUACGAUGAAAGUAUGCUCAGAAAAGAUCUUAGAAGACUUUUUCCAAAUAUUAAAAUCAGACACCGUAUGCAUGCCACAUGUUAUUGAAAAAUUAUUAGAAAGGAAGGAAUUUGGGGAAGUCAUAUGCAGACAGAAGGAAAAGCGAAAGCCGACAUCUACAGUUGACGAUGCGCUCGAUGUCAUACCACCAAAAAUUCAGCGCAAGCGACAAACUUUGGGUCAAGAAAAACAGUCGAACAUCGUCAGAACUAUUCAAGAAUUAAAUUCAAAUGUUAGAGAAAAGGCGUUGGAAUACGGCAUGGUGUUCAGUAGCGCCUGCGAAGGAUCAAUCAUAAUCCAGUUAACUCCAAAAGACUCGAACUCCUGGCGAAUACUGAAAACGAGCUGUCGCUCUGGCAAAAUCAAGGAUUUUAUCCCUGAAGUGUUUAAAAAUAAUAAAUCUGACAUGGAGGAGGGAGAGUACAUGCUUAGAUUUAAAAUAUAUCUUCUUCCGACUCCACCGUAUUCACAAGCUGAUAAAAAAGUUAUGUUUUCUUUGGAAGAUGAACCGUCAACGUCCACAUAUAUAGAAGAAAAUGCAAGCGUCCUCUGUCAAGAGCUUGAAAUUACUGAUAAACUUCUUACGCUAUUAAAGAAGGAGAAGAUUGUGGGAGAAAAUAUCAAACAAGAUAUUGCUAAACAGCCAAGGAGAAAAAAGAUCAGAUGUCUUUUAGAUAAGAUAACACAACAUGGCGAUAGAGGGUAUAAAAUAUUGAAAGAGUACACCAGGCAAGAAAACCCGUAUUUGUACAAGGCGUUGAAAACAAAAGAGAACACGAAACGUGUGUGUAAAUCUAUGCAAACUGGGGCAAAUGUUACUGCUAGACCCGGAAGCGCAACUAAAGAAAACAGAAAAGAAAUUUUCUUUACAGCGUCUGUACUUUUACUGGUGAAGAAGUCAGAAGAAGAGAAAGGAAAAGAUGAAGAAAGAGAUGAUGUAGAGAUUACUUGUCCAAGUAUCGUCAGUUCUGAAUUCUACUUUACUGAUGAAGAUAGUGUUCUUCAAGACGAUUCAGACGAGAAGUUCCUCUCUCUGGAAGAGAACUGGUCGUUUGAAACCAAACAUCAGGCAAACAAAGAAUUUCCUGAUGAAUUUGGUGGAAAACGGAAGGAGAUAGAAGACUUUAAUUCAUUUAAAGGAGAUGUUGAACCUGUUGUAGAGAGGGUUGAUGACGAUGUCUCUAAAGAUAUAGAAACUAAAGUCGAAUUGGCACUGCCUGUCCUAUCUGCAGGGAAGUCGUCCAGUAGUAGAAAAGAAGAACCAACAAUCCAGACAGAGAUUGACGUGAAGAAAAAAAUAUCAAAGAAAACCAAAUAGACUUUUUGUUUCGCUAGCCGAAGUUGACAUUUUCAUCUGUUUAUAUUAGACAUUAUCAUCGCGCUGCAGAAAAUGUAGUGUAUUUAAUUCAUGUCACUGUUACAAACAUUAUAAAGUUUACAGAACUUGAAA